AUGUGCACUACUACCCCGCGGAUGCAUAACUACUUAAGCACACCGACACUUAUCGAUAAGCCAAUUGCCUGCAUAAUCCUGUCCCUGCUACUUACCGUCACUGCCAGGGCCAGGGUCUAUCCCAUCUAUCUGAACGCGUCUGACGCGCAGCCAACCGAUCACGAAAUACGAACUCGCUCACACCACCCGAGCUCCUCAAGAAACAUCAUCAAGUCGCAACCCAAUUUCCAACCCGGCGACUACUUCUUCCGGUCUCACACGGCACUGAGCAACACCAAUAUGUCUGAUUCCGAGUCGGAGGAUAUCCUCCAGGGCGACCAAGCCAACAUUGAUCCCUACGAGGUUCUCGAGGUCGACCGCGAAGCCAGCGCAGACAAGAUCAAGUCGGCGUAUCGCAAGCAAGCCCUGCGAACCCACCCAGACAAGGUCCAGGGCUCCGAGUCCGAGAAGCAGGCCGCCAAGGAAAAGUUCCAGCAGGUCGCACUUGCCUACGCCGUCCUCUCCGAUCCCGUACGUCGAAAGCGAUACGAUGCGACGGGUGAAACUUCAGAGUCACUUGGCGGAUCCGACUUUGCCUGGAGCGACUUCUACCAAGAACAAUUCCGCGAUGCCAUUUCCGAAGAUGCGAUCAAGAAGUUCGCCGACGAGUACAAGAACUCGGACGAGGAGAAGGACGACCUGCUAGUUGCGUACGAGAAACACGAGGGCAACAUGGAUGGCAUCUACGAGGAGGUUAUGUUGAGUAACGUCCUGGAGGACGACGAGCGUUUCCGCGCGAUCAUCGACGAAGCAAUUGCCAACAAGGACGUCGAGGCUUACAAGACAUACACCAAGGAGUCCAAGAAGUCCAAGAAUGCACGCAUCAAGGCCGCUCAGGGCGAGGCGACAGAGGCUGAGGACUAUGCCAAGGAACUCGGUGUCCACGACAAGCUUUUCGGCAACAAGGGGAAGCAGGGCAAGAAGGGCAAGAAGGAUCCCGAGGCUGAUCUGGCGGCGCUCAUUCAACGCAACCAGAAGUCACGCAGCGGCUUUCUGGACAACCUGGCGGCAAAAUACGGCGGUGCAGAUUUUGAAGAGCCAUCGGAGGAGGCCUUCCAGGCUGCGGCUCAGAAGCUGAAGAGGAAAGCACCGGCAGAGAGCUCCAAGUCUGGGAAGGGCGGUCGGGCCAAGAAGGCAAAGUCCUGA